GCUUUAUUUUCACUCUCUUCUUUCUGUUUUUACUUUUCCCGCCAAUCGUAUUUCCAUUUUAAGGAAGGAAAAGGAGGGGGCCUGGUUUCCAGAGGUUUCUACUUUCUACUCAUGGAUUCUGAAUCUAACACUUCCCCUAAAACCCUAACCCUAAGGCACAAAUGCUCAGCAUGUUACAAGCAGUACAAGAAAAAAGAGCAUCUUGUUGAGCAUAUGCGGAUUUCGUAUCACUCAGUUCAUCAGCCUAAAUGUGGAGUGUGCAAAAAGCAUUGCAAAUCAUUUGAAUCAGUGAGGGAACACCUCACGGGUCCAUUGCCCAAGGCUGACUGCGCCAAGUUCUAUGGUGCUCAAGGUUGUGAUCUUUGCUUGAACGUCUUUGAUAGCACUGAAGCUUGCGAUGCACAUAAAGAGAUGUGCUGCUUGUCACCGGCUGCUCUCCAUGAAUUCGCCAGUACACCUUUUGUGGAAAAUGGUGCGGUAACUGAGCUGGACAUUUCAGGCUUGAGCUUAUCAAAUGAUGACGACCAUGUUCCGGAAGUGGUUGCUCUAGACUGUGAAAUGGUUGGAGGUGGAAGUGAUGGAUCGCUUGAUCUUUGUGGAAGGGUGUGCAUAAUUGAUGAAGAUGAAAAUGUCUUAUUCCAUUCUUAUGUCAUACCUCAGAUCCCUGUCACCAAUUACAGAUACGAAAUAACGGGUAUAACAGAAGAUCAUUUCAAGGAUGCAAUGACGCUCAAGCAAGUCCAGGAGAAAGUUCAGGAGAUCUUGUACAAUGGAGAAUCCAUUUGGAAACUCCGCAUGGAUGGUGGAAAGGCUAGGAUUCUUGUGGGCCAUAAUUUAGAGCACGAUCUGUGUUGCUUGCGGAUGAACUAUCCUGAACAUUUGAUGAGGGAUACUGCCAAAUACCGUCCAUUGAUGAAAACAAAUCUGAUCAGCCACUCACUCAAAUACCUUACACAGACAUAUUUAGGGUACGAGAUUCAAACUGGCAUACAUGACCCAUAUGAGGACUGCGUGGCUGUGAUGAGGCUUUACAAGAGGAUGCGUGUUCAAGUUCACCCGCCAGAAGCAAUUAUGACAUCCGUCGGGCCCCACCACUCCAACGUCUUUGAUGGAUGGAAACCAAAGGAGCUAGAGAAGAUGUCCCCAGAUGAUCUAUUUGAGAUAUCGAGAUCGAAUUAUAGGUGUUGGUGUUUGGAUUCCAGGCAAGCAUCGGAAUCUUGAAUUGGUGUCACUAUCAUCAUCUUCUUUCUUGGACAGAAAUUUCAAUUUUCUUUUUUCUUCUUUCCUUUUAGUGGGGAAAGGGAUAGUAUGUGCAGGUUUACAGGACCUUCAUGUUCACAUCAUUCUUUCGAGGUUAGGGAUAAAUGGAGUGGGAAUAAAGGGUUUUCUUUUUUAUAGUUGUAUUACUUCUUUCGGGUGGUGAGAUUUUUGUAUGGGAAAGACAUGAAAGAAGUAAUAAAAAGUUCUUGUUUGGGGUGUUUGCCCAUUUUA